AAACGAUGCGCGCUCAAAAAAUUGCCAACACCAAAGUGUAGUAAAGCAUUUGCUAGAGUAAACGGACAAUAAACUUAAAAGCUAAAUUAACAAAUAACAAGGAGAAAAUAAAAUGGCAGGACUUUUGAUCCUGCGGCUGCUGCUGCUCUUUCUGCUGCAGUGCCUCACGCACUUGCAGGCAGAGAUUGCGCACACGCCUUUGGCCAGCAAUCGGAUCAGACUGGAGCCGGAGCCGGAGCCGGAGCCGGACUCAGAGGAGACGCAUGUGCUGCCCGCCAGCUGCCCGCAGCGAAUGGCAUACGAGAAAAUGCUGAACAGCAUCGAUGAUGUCGAGGAUCUGUAUGUGGAUGUGCCCGUGCACAUUGCACUCGAGCAGCGCCAGAAGAAGCGAUUUGUGCUGAAAUUAAACAACUCAACGCCGUUGAUGAUUCUGUUCUCAAUGCCCGUGGCACGUAAGAUUUACUACAAUCAGACAGCGAACCUGCUGCGUUUGCCCGCGCAGGCAAAGGGCCCCGCCUCGGACAGACUGGUCCUGCCCUGCGCCCUGCGCGGCCAAUACGAUCUGUUUGUGCGGGCACGUCAAGGCGGCGCACUCAAACUGGAGGCACAGGCCAAGCAUCCGGAUCAGUCAUGGCCCCUGCUCAAUCACACACAUCGCAUCGCUAUCCGAACCCAGAAUCGUGUGCGCAAGCGUCAGCUGAUUGUCAAAUGGGAGCGUAGCAAACUUGAUUACCAUGCCAUGCACUAUUGCCUGGUGAUCCAACGUGUCGUGGACUUCUCUUCGUCCAGCUCGGGCGGCGGUUUCGACAGCUUUUGUGAGGCCGUCUACGCGUACGGGCGGCAGCAGCAGGCGCAUUCGCGUGCCGCUGCCGGUCCCUGCUCGGGCGCCGGCAAUAUAUUGGAUCUCGUGUGGUCACGCCCGCCAAUGCGAGCGCGUCACCUCAAUCCACGGCACAAUCUGCACAUCGUGUGCACCGGCGCUCGGACAAAGCAGCUGCUGCGCGGGCUACAGCCCAACAGCAACUAUCGACUGCAGCUGUUCGGUGUGCAUCAGCGUCGACAGAAUCUGACGCUGCCGCUGGCCAGCAGCCAGGUGCAUUUCAAUCGCACGCAUCCGACGUCGCUGCGGGAGCAGGCGCUGUCGCUGCUCAAGAUUGGCGGCCUGCAUGGCGUCCAGGUGUACAGCUUCAAGGUGCCCGCGACUACGCCCCCGCCACGUUUCAUGCGAUACCUGCUGCUGCCCUGUGCCGGCAGCGAGAUACGCGUCGAGCUGCUGCGUCAGCAUCGCGUGGUGGGCAGCGUGCGCAACAUCUACUUGCCCACCUACAGAAAGCUGGAAGGCGUCCUGCCCGGCGAGCGUUAUUUGAUGCGCUUUGAGCCCAGCAACGAGGAUGAAGCGUUGCGGGCACAAAAAGUGCGCCUGGCUCUGAGCAGCGAACGCCUGUUCCGCGAUCUGCCGGAACUGCCCGACAACAUAACCGUCUUCGAUGUGAGCACGCGCUGCACCAGCACAACCAUCGCAUGGCACGGCUCACCCGAUGAGCGCGCCUUAAGCUACUGCGUUAUUGUCUUUAAUCUACCGCAACGCAGUUCUGCGGAUUACACAAACUAUUGCAUGGACUUUGGGGCGUCGCGGAUAACGGAGCACAAGAACUUCAAGUAUAUACGCUGCCGCGAGAAACAGCCCAGCAACGUGGACAAGCUGGAGACGGAAACUAUACUGAGCUUGUCGCCAGGCGAUAGCUACUUGAUUUACGUGACCGCCAACCUGAGCAUGGGCAAGCCGCUGCCCUACCAGACGCUGACGGUGCACAUGGGCAGUCAGUGCGUGGAUCUGGAGUCGCAGGAGCAGCCCGAAUACUACUAGGCGUAUGCGCAAUGCAGUUGUCGAAGCAGAAGAGAAAAAACUCAAAAACAAAUAAAAAUUAUCCGUCGUUGUAAAGCUACCUAAUCCACUAAACUAAACUAAAUUAAACUAUGCAAUACCAUACUAUACUAUAUCUAUGCGGGUUUUUGCGCUAAGCAUAAAAGACUAUAUAUAUUUAGAUCUAUAUAUGGCAAACAUAGCUAUGUUCACGUGGUGUGUGUGUGCGUGUGUGUUGAGUGUGUGUGUGUGUGAAUUUUUAAGUUUGUCAACAAAUUCCAAGUAUUUUGAGCUCUUAUAUUUCUUGAUCGUAACCUAGCUUUAAAUGUUUUUGUAUAAUUGUUUACGAUUUUGUGUGUGUUCAUUGUUUAAAAUCUCGAAUCGGUUUAUAGUUUAGUUAAUAUAUAUCUAUAUAUUCAUGUAAGUUUAUUUUAUCGCUAGGCUUUUGCUGUUAAGUUUACCAAUAAUUUUUUAUACACAAAAAUCUUAGUUUAGCUAAGCUUAACUAUGUAUACAGAAUAUAUAUACAUACAUACAUAUAUAUAUUUACAUAUAUUUAAUAGCUAUAAAUGUGCGCUAGUGUGGGCGUUCCAAGCGUUGUAUUUUUUGAGGCGACUUAAGCAAAAAACA